AUGGGAAGGGUAAAGUUGAAGAUACAGAGACUAGAGAGCCUGAGUAGCCGGCAGGUUACGUACGGCAAAAGACGAGCCGGGAUUUUGAAGAAGGCCCAGGAGAUUUCUGUUUUAUGUGACAUUGAUAUAAUCCUCAUCAUGUUUUCCCCGACCGGGAAGCCAUCCGUAUUUCGCGGGCAACGAAGCAACAUUGAUGAAAUGAUUGCAAAAUAUGCUCAACUUACACCGAAAGAACGGGCGAAAAGGAGGUUGGAGAGUCUUGAGACUCUGAAGAGAAACUUUAAGAAGCUCGACCAGGACGUGGAUAUAGAAGAGUUUCUUGAUGAAAGUACUCCAUCGAUUGAGGAAAUGCACAACCGCGUUCAGAUGCUGCAUAACCAAAUCGGUGAAGUAAAUAAAAGAGUCGACUGGUGGAUUAAUCCAGACAAGAUUGAAGACAUUGAGCACCUUAAUCAGAUGGAAACCUCGCUUAGCAAGACACUUAACAGGACUCGAAUGCACAAGCAGGAUAAGUUCUUGAAGGACUCUCUAAUCUCAUACGACUGCACAAGCCAAGUGUGUGGAGAUUUCGGGAGAGUGUACAAGCCGGUAAUUACCGACACGCAGUUCCAAGACGGGAUGCAUUUUCCAAAUGAACCCAAUUUUCUGACUAGUGGAGAUGUGGAGUGCUCAAGAGACGCGCCCUUCUCAGCCGGCACAGGUUAUUUCGAAGAAGUGAAAGAACACGAACUCGACAAAACGAGACAGCUGAAAUACCAAAGACAGGAUGAUGUCAUCACUGUCGAUGAUUACGCGUGUUCUGCUCAGUUGAGAGUGCCACUUGGCGAACAGUACACUCAUCACUCCUUUGGAAAUUUGAGCUUUCUUGACUUCAUGGAGCCUGCAAAAGAGGCCAGUUUCCAGCCGAGCAUCAUUGACUAUCAGUUGAACGCAAACUUUGAGCUCCAGAGAUCGAUUUACAACACCUUCCCACAUAAUGUGAUCCCCACAGCUAGCUCUUGCGCCAUUUCUGUGCUCAACGAGCAAUCUUAUUCUUACCCGCAGGUGAGCUUUUCUAGACUUUUGAUGUUUUCAAUAUGUUAA